CUUUUUCCUAUUAGAGAAAUUUCAAUAGGUAAUAGUGGUGUUUCCAUAUCAGAGUGCAGAGUGCGGAGAAAAGAAAGAGAUGGUGAAAGUAGUAGUGGGAGAAGAAAGUCAGGUCAAAAUAGCUGAAGAUCGGCUUAGCAAAUCUGGAGUCCCUUCUCAGGUAGGGCUUGUAAUUGGGAAUAUAAGUGGGAAAUUAGAUCGAGGAUUCAUAUUCGAUUUAAUCCCAACACCGGUGAAUGACAAUGGUGAGCCGGCAUGUUCCAUAAUUGGUGAGGCUAAAGAUGAUCGGAAAAAGGCACCCAAAGGGAAGUCGCUCCCUAAUUCUUCCACAUUGUUUAUUGACAAAGAUUGGCUUGCUGAACACGCUCGUCAGGUUGGGAGAAUGCUAGUGGGUGGCGUGAAGGUGGUUGGCAUCUAUAUAUGGACCAAUGAGAGCUCAUUCAAAAAUUCAACCAUCACGCUUUGUCAGGCUGCAAAAGCAGUUGCUGAAGCGGCCCCUUUGUUGGAAGUGCAUUGGGAUGAAAGAUUGCUUGUGCACAUUGGUUACAGUCCCUUGAGGUGGACAUGUCGAAAUUGCUCGUUGGCUUCAAAUAUUACAUCUGGCAAUAUACGACCUUGCGAUUUCAAAAUGGGAAAAAUUCUGAGUACUCGUCAGGCAUUCCGAUGCACAUAUGACUUUGAUUGGAGGUUGCCCAUAUACCAGGGUUCAAGUAACAAAAGAUUGGUUGACAUUCUUCAUCAUGGGAUUUCAAUUCAUGCCAAAGAGCUUAAAGGUGCCAAAGCAUUGAUUGAUGGGAAACUGGCAAAUGAGGAUGAGCAAUUUGAUUUAGGUGGUGUACAUGAUGUUGAAUUUCUCCUACCUUUCAUGGAAGAUACGUAUUUGGAAGUAUGCAGCCAAAAAGAGAUUACAGGUCUUCUAGUCUUCAGCGGCUCUGUCUGCUCCUAUGCUUACUCAAAUUCGAAGGAACCAUCUUCUCAAGCUUUGGCUGACAUAAAGGAAGACAUAAUUAAGAGUCUAAGAAGCAGGUUAGAUAUCAUGUGUGAUGAGGCAGACAGGAAAUCAGAUUCUAAAGAGGACAGAACUGAAGAGAGCAACAACCAGAUAUUAAGUGGGAGUGCAGUUCUGCAACUUGAUUUACAGUUACAGAGAAAACAUUGCAGUAUGUCAUUUCCUCGAAGAGUAUUUUUACCUUGGCUGGCUGAUACAUUCCUCUGUGACUAUAUACAACCAUCUGAAUCAGUUGAGGUUCUCCUGGAUCAUUUUGCCGAGCUUAUGUCUCUAGAGUUCCCCAGUAUUUCUUCAAUAAUCUUGGAGCCUGAAGCUGAAACUGAAGCUCCUGCGUUGGUAUCCACCACAAAAUCAUUUUUGGAGGUGUCAACCCCAUAUGCUCUACUACCUAAGUCGGACGAUCCACUCUCAAAUAAAAAUAGAGCUGCUACAAUCUUGACAAGUGACCAGAAAUCGACAAACACAGCUGGUUUUAACUUGAUGAUAGCUGUUUUAGUUCUUGUUGUAUCAGUUGUGGUAGGGUUUGUGGUAUUUUCUGUUAGGUCAUCAUCUUAAUUCUUAGGGAACAGGGAUGGUUCGAACAAAAAAUAUGUUCAGAUCAAAUCUGAUGAUACUAACUACUAAGGCUAUCAUUAACAAUUAUACCAUAGUAGAAGUGUGUGUAUACUAUGCGUUAUUAACAUGUCGGUAAUUAUUUUUAUCUAUCUCUGACAUUUUUUGGCUA